UCCUGGCCGCUGCCGCUGCCGCUGUUGCUGCCCCUACCACCUGCCACAGCUGGGCCUCAGUUCCCGAUUUGGUCACCUCUUCUUCGUUCUCCACUGCGCCCAUGGUUCCUCUUGGAGCCAGGGCGGCGAGCCUGGCGGCUCCCGCGUGGUGAGAGGACGGUCCGGGGACGAUGAAGGCCCCGCACUGCAACUGCUGCCUCAGUCCCCUCUUGAUCUCCGCUUUCCUGCUUCUGCUACUGCUGCCAGGUUUGGGAGGGCCUUUGGCUGUGCUGCUGCAGGCGGCCGAGGCCGCGCCGGACCCCGGGCCGCGGACCCUGUCGCCCGUGCCUCCGGGUCCCGCCGUUGCCCAGUCCACGGGCCGCGCUCCCGCAGAAGCUAAAGGGCCGCGGGGCUCUGAGGGCGGCAAUGGCAGCAGCCCCCGGGCAGGACUUGCGUCAGAAGACUCAGGAGGGAAGGCCGGGGAAGAAGACUCAUUGGGUGGCAGCCUUGCUGUGAGCCCCAACCCCGGCGACAAGCCAAUGACCCAGCGGGCCCUGACCGUGUUGAUGGUGGUGAGCGGCGCGGUGCUGGUGUACUUCGUCGUCAGGACGGUCAGGAUGAGAAGAAGAAACCGAAAGACUAGGAGAUAUGGAGUUUUGGAUACUAACAUAGAAAACAUGGAGUUGACACCUUUAGAACAAGAUGAUGAGGAUGAUGAUAACACUUUGUUUGAUGCCAAUCAUCCUCGAAGGUAAGUAAGUGUUGGACAGUUUCAUUCCAUGAAUUAGGAGGCAAGUUCUUGAUAAGUAAAGUGAAAAAAUAAAGUAGAAAAAAUACAGUAUUUCAUUUAGCAGUUUUUAUCCUAACAGAUUUUAUUUAGUUCUAUUUAAUGAAGUUCUUUGUUUUACCCAACCAAUAGAUCACAUGCACAUUGCUUUGCUAAAAUAGGUAUAAACAGAAUAUCAUCCCCACAAGAAAUCUUCAUUGUAAGUCUCCUUGUAGAGCUUUGUUCUUUCAGCUGCUACAUGUAACAUGUAGUAAGUCUGUGUGUGUGUAUGUGCGUGAGAAAGAGAGAGAAAGAAAGAGAAAUAUUAAUAAACUUGAUUUUCUUUUUGCAUUCUGAAACUAUUUUGAUUUUAGUCUGUUAUUCUAUUUGUAAAUCAUGUUUUUGUGCAAAUUGUGGUAUUAGUGGUCUGAUAGUGUAGCUAAUGGUCUGAUAUCUAUUCUCAGAUCUAUUCUUGCUGACUGUUAAGAUGCUUCCUAAGAAGUUUGGAUAAGCAGAGUUAAACGGCUAUGGACUUAGUUUCAAAGCAGAUGGAAUGAAGAAAGGAGGUAGUAAAAAAAAAUCCCCUCAAUAGGGAAAGACAUGUUGGAAUAGAGAGGAGAUUUUUUGGGCAAAAGAAAACUAGAAUCCAGAUUUAGUUAUAAAUACCAUGAGUACAGAAAUCUUGGAUUUUUAUACAUGUAAGGAUGGGAGGAUCAGCUCUGGCAGGACAUAGGAAUGUGCAAGUUUUUUUGUUUUGUUUUGUUUUGUUUUUUUGAGGGAAAUGUGGAGUUUUAUAAUCUGCUAAAGAGUUUGGUAUCAACCUGCUGUCAAUGGGGAACCAUUGGUGUUGUAUGGAGUGUUUGUAAUCAGAUAAUCAGAUUCAUGUUGUAGAAGAGUAUGUCUUGUAGUAGUGGAGAAGGUGGCCUAGAAGAGCUGAGGAUUGAGAGGGACAGAACCAAGGAAUAUAGGAGGCAUAUAAAGGAGGGAAUGGUUUCCAUGAGAUGUAAUUAGCUGUAGUUAUCUUUUAUUUUGUAUCCUGCCUCACCACAGACCUUUCUCUAAUACUUACACCACUCUUGUUGCCCACUUGUCAUGAAUUUUGUGUUCUAUUAGGGAGCUAGACAUUAGAGUUACAUAAACAGUAAAUACAGGGUGGUAUGAGAACUUGUACUAGGGACAUAGAACACUGAAGCAAAAACUAAUGGUUCAGAAACCAUUAGACGUGAUAUGUUAAUGGGUACUGAAAAAUGAGCAAAAAUUAGCAACGUUAAAGGUGGAUGUAGAGGUGGGAGUUGGAGAGAGAACAGCAGGCACACAACACAAGAGGCAAAAGAGAAUUUAGAGUAUUCAAGAAUCUAAAAGAAGUUAAAUAGAUGCUGGGGUGCCUGGGUGGCUCAGUCAGUUAAGCAUCCAACUCUUGAUUUCAGCUCAGUUGUGAGAUUGAGCCCCAUGUCAGGCUCCAUGUUGAGCGCUGAGCCUGCUUAAGAUCCUCUCUCUCUCUUUCUCUCUCUCUCUCUCUUCCUCUCUUCCCCCUUCCCCACCCCCCUCUGCCCUGAUUGCUCACUCCCUCUCUCUAAAAAAUAAAGUUUAAAAAGUAAUAAAAAUAACUAAAAGAAGUUAAAUAGAUGCUAUGUCAAUCUAUGUGAGGAUAAAUGAAUGAGUGAAUAAUUUUUGAGCUUUGAAUGCAAAAGUAAGAGUGAUGAGCAAGGAAGAACAAAGAAUCAAAAGGCAGAUCAUGAUCCAUGACAAUCAGUGAGAAAUUAUUCUACAGGUUAUGAAAAGCCACUUAGAAAAUUUUAAAAUAGGAAACAUAAUCAAAGUUGUGUUUUGAAGAUUACAUAGAUUGGAGAAAAGUAAGAUAAGGAGUAAGACAACCAGGAAGACCAGUUAGAUGGUGCAAGUACAUGGGGUGGCCAGUAGUAGAAAAAUGGAAAGAGAAAUGGAAAGAAGAGAAAUGGAAAGAAGUUAAUUAUUCAAGAGCCUUUGAAAGGUAUUAGGAAUCAGAUUUAGAAAUUGUGUUUGGAGAGUUAAGGCGGGAGAAAUGGUUAUAAUAAUAGGAAAGCAUGUUUCAGGGGUAAUUAUAAUUAUCAGUGAUAAUCUUUUAUUUAUUUAUUUUUAUUUUUUUUUAAUGUUUUUAUUUUUACUUUUGAGACAGAGAGAGACAAAGCAUGAGCAGGGGAGGGGCAGAAGGAGGGGGAGACACAGAAUCUGAAGCAGGCUCCAGGCUCUGAGCUGUCAGCACAAAGCCCGAUGCGGGGCUUGAACUCACGGAGUAUGAGAUCAUGACCUGAGCUGAAGUCAGAUACUUGACCGACUGAGCCACCCAGGCGCCCCAGUGAUAAUCUUUUACUACUAUGUAUGACUCCACUUAUUUAAAAAAAAGACGUAGAAAAAACUUUAAUGUAGAUAUGUUUAAUUAAAGUAGGGAGAACAGUAAAUAAACAGUGCUUACAUAUUCAUUCAUUCAUUCAUUUAUUGAUCCAAGAAAUGAAUGAUUGAGAAGCAAUUUACACAGCAACUGUUUAGUGCCUAGCGCUGACCUGGGAUACAAUAGAGCAACAAAAACAGAACAGAAAAAGAAAAAAAAAAUUCUAACUUUGUGAAGGUUAACUUCUAGUGACGAAAGGUUGAGAUUGGGAGGUUGACAUUUCAUUUUCGUUUCUAUAUCUUUCUAUGUUGAUUUUUUUUCC